UGUGCGCGCGGCCGCCACUCGCCAGAGCCGCCCUGGUCGCCGCGGACUCCACAUUCCAACGUCGCUGUGCUGCCGGUCUCCGUACCAGUGACUGAGUGACCGUCUUCUACCCGUGCGACAAUAAAAAACUACCAACAUGUCUGACGAAGAAGAAUACUCUGGCUCCGAAGAGGAGGAAGUAGAAGAAGAAGUCCAAGAGACACCCGCUCCUAAACAAGAGAGUAGACCAUCGAUCGCGGGCGAGGGAGAUCCAGAAUUCAUCAAGCGUCAAGAUCAGAAACGGUCGGACUUGGACGAGCAGCUGAAGGAAUACAUUAACGAAUGGCGCAAACAGCGGGCCAAGGAGGAGGACGAGCUCAAGCGCCUCAAAGAGAAGCAGGCUAAGCGCAAGGUAUCUCGCGCUGAAGAAGAGAAGCGCCUCGCCCAGAAGAAGAAGGAGGAAGAAGAGAGGAGAGUCCGCGAGAUUGAGGAGAAGAAACAGCGCGACAUCGAGGAGAAGAGGCAGCGGCUCGAGGAGGCCGAGAAGAAGCGCCAGGCUAUGCUCCAGGCCAUGAAGGAAUCUAGCAAGACCGGACCCAACUUCACCAUUCAGAAGAAGAGUGAUAACUUCGGCCUCAGCAACGCUCAACUGGAACGCAACAAGACCAAGGAACAGCUGGAGGAAGAGAAGAAGAUCUCCCUCUCCAUCCGCAUCAAGCCCCUCAACAUCGAGAACCUCUCAGUGGACAAGCUCAGAGUCAAGGCGCAGGAACUCUGGGAGUGCAUCGUCAAACUCGAGACCGAGAAAUACGAUCUCGAGGAGAGGCAAAAAAGGCAGGACUACGACUUAAAAGAGCUCAAAGAAAGACAGAAACAACAGUUGAGGCACAAAGCCCUAAAGAAGGGUCUCGACCCUGAAGCCCUCACAGGCAAGCACCCGCCCAAAAUCCAAGUAGCGUCCAAGUAUGAGCGACGUGUGGACACACGGUCAUAUGACGACAAAAAGAAACUCUUCGAGGGUGACCUAGAGAAACUCAACAAGGACUUCCUUGAGAAGGUGUGGCAGGAGAGAGCCGACCAGUUCGGCGGCAGGCAAAAGACGAGACUGCCCAAAUGGUUCGGAGAGAGGCCCGGCAAGAAGAAGGGUGACCUGGAAUCGCCGGAGGGCGAGGAGGACGUGAAGGCCGAGCCCGAGGACGACGAGCCCGCGUACGAGCCCGAGCCCGAGGAGGAGGAGGAGGAGGUCGUGGAGGAGGAGGAGGAGGAAGAGGAGGAGGAGGAAGAGGAGGAGGANUCACACUGUAUUCAACUGCAUGCAGUCGUCUGCUGA